GAAGCGGCUUGCUUCGAGGCGUCUGCCAUUUGUUUUUUUCUUCAGUGGUAAAGAUUAUUGAUUUUAGGAUAUUGCAAAUAACUUGACUACAGUGUUUUGUGGAAAUGGCACGUUCGAAAAAUCGUUCCGAUUCAGAGGAAUCGGAAAAGGCCGACAAGAAGCAGCGCGGUCGCGAAAAGGAGCGUAAAAAACGUAGCUCCAGCAGUAGCGAUAGCAGCGCAAGCUCAUCCGGCAGCAGCUCGUCCCGUAGUAGUUCCGGCUCUCGUUCGAGCUCUUCCAGCAGCAGCUCAUCAUCGUCCAGCUCUUCGUCUUCCUCCAGCAGCGAAGCCGAUCGUUCCCGUACCAAGCGUAAAACGAACACCCGCUCUCGUUCGCGCAGCAAGAGUCCCGCGGAACCGGCCCAAAACUGGGAUAAACAAUCGGCCGCCACUGCAAAGGAACCGGCCGCUGCAAAAGGUACGAGUGUACGCUCGAAGUCGAAGGAUCGGUCCGAUCGUCGUAGCUCGGAACCGCGCGACAAUGACAAAGAAAACAAGCAAGGUCGGGCCGCAUCGGUUGAUAAAUCGAACAAAGAUUCACGUAGCCGUCGUUCCCGCUCCGGUUCGUCGAAACGGAAGCGACGCGAACGUUCCGUUACACCGCGCCCGAUACGCAUCCACAUUGGGCGGUUAACGCGCAACGUUAAUCGGGAUCAUAUAAUGGAAAUUUUCAGCUCGUACGGUGAGAUACGGCAUGUGGAUUUUCCGAUGAAUCGGUUCCAAACGUUUGGCCGUGGGUUCUGCUAUGUGGAGUACGUCGAUCCGGACGGUGCAGAAAAUGCGAUGAAAAACAUGGACGGUGGACAAAUCGAUGGGCAAGAAAUAACGGCUUCACCGGUGUUGGUGCCGAAAACGCGACCCCCGCCCAGGCGUCCGUCACCGAUUAUGCGCAACAAUCGGCCUAUGCCGCGCUGGCGAGCAUCGCCGAUGCGUUACCGGCGUCGUCCAUCGAUUCGGCGCAGUCCGAGACGCAGACGUUCCCGUAGUCCGGUGCGAAGACGCCGCGCGAGUAACAGUUCGGACAGUUCGCGUUAG